AUAAGACCGGAUAACAGGACGGAACUUUUUAUUCAUUAACAGUGGUCAGCGUGCAUAUACACGUUAAAAUCAAAUUUAAGGCGACAAUGGUGCUGUUUAAGCGUACUAAAUUGCUAAACAACAGAAAUUUAAUUUUUCUACGACCAAAAAAUCACAAUAAAAAUGGAAACACAUUACAUAUUAAAUUCCUAUCAAGCACCUCUACGGAGAGUGUAACAAUAAAGUUAUCAAAUGGAAAACAAAUGACAUUAUCAACGGGAAAAUAUGCACGUUUUACAAGUGGAAGCGUUACUGCUAAGAUGGGUGAAACAUCAGUUAUGACUACUGUUGUAAGAAAUAAUGUACCAUGCAAUGACUCUAUAGUUCCAUUAACUGUAAAUUACCGACAAAAAGCUGCUGCAAUAGGCCGUAUACCAACAAACUUUCUUCGCAGAGAACUAGGCCAGUCUGAACAAGAAAUUCUUACAAGCAGAGUAAUAGACAGAUCUUUACGUCCCUUGUUUGAACAAGGAUAUUCUUAUGAAACACAAAUUAUAUGUAAUUUAUUAGCUGUCGAUGGUGUUUGUGAUCCAGAUAUAUUAUCUAUUAACGCUGCAUCUGCAGCAUUAAGUAUUUCUGAUAUCCCAUGGAAUGGGCCUGUAGGGGCUGUAAGAGUUGGAAUAAUUGAUAAAAAACAUGUACUUAAUCCUUCAAGACGUGAACUUCAACAAAGUUCAUUAAAUCUCAUACUAUCUUGUACAUCUAAAAACCUUCUUGUUAUGCUAGAAGGAUCUGCUGAUGAUAUUUUGGAACCAGAUCUUCGAAAAGCAAUACGAUUAGGUGCAAAGGAAUGUCAGACAAUUAUACAGUCUAUAACAAAUUUACAAAAUCAAAUUGGAAAGCCUAAAUUUAAAAUUGAGAAAAAUCAAGAUUUAAAUGAUGAUGUAAUUAAAUUUGUAGAGGAAUUUUCAAAAUCUAAGCUACGUAAGAUUUUUACGUGUUAUGUUCACGAUAAGACGUCACGGGACUCUGCUGUUUCCGAUCUUAGAAACGAGAUGUUAGAGAGCAUAAAUGAUCGCGGUUCAGAAUUUAUUUCAAUAGCUACAAAAGCUUUUAGUAAUGUUACUAGAGAAGUUUUCAGAUCUGUAAUAUCUGAGACAGAGAAGAGAUGCGACGGUCGCCAGUUGGAUCAAUUGAGACCGAUAGAGUGUCAAGUCAACUUAUUUAAGCCGCUCCAUGGUUCAGCUUUUUUCCAGAGAGGUCAAACACAAGUUUUAUGCACGGUUACCCUUGAUAGCAUAGAGAGUUCUCUUAAAUUGGAUACCGUUUCAAUGUUGACUAGCGGUAUAAAGGAAAAGCAUUUUUUCUUGCAUUAUGAAUUCCCACCAUAUGCAACAAAUGAAAUAGGUAAAACUGUAAUGGCUAAUCGCAGAGAAAUAGGUCACGGAGCAUUAGCAGAGAAAGGAUUGAGAGCAGUUAUACCAAAAGAUUAUCCAUUCACUAUAAGACUGACUAGUGAAGUAUUAGAAUCAAACGGUUCUUCUUCAAUGGCUACUGUUUGCGGUGGUAGUUUAGCAUUAAUGAAUGCAGGUGUUCCAAUAUCGGCCGCAGUUGCUGGUGUGGCUAUGGGAUUGAUAUAUACCCCGAACAGUAAUUCUGAAUCUGAAGACGAAGACUACAAGAUAUUAACGGAUAUAUCAGGUAUAGAGGAUUAUUUUGGAGAUAUGGAUUUUAAAAUAGCGGGUACAAAGAAAGGAUUUACCGCUUUACAGGUUGAUGUAAAGCUACCAGGUGUUCCUUUGAAGGUAAUAAUGAAGGCUAUACAGAAAGCAUCUGGGGCGAAGAGUCGAAUCAUCAAUAUCAUGAGUCAAGUAAUAGCAUCUCCGACGAACGAUAAAAAAGACAAUACACCUGUAAUUGAAACCAUAGAAGUACCUGUAUACCAAAGAGGAAAGUUUCUCGGAGUAGGAGGAGCAAAUUUGAAAAAAAUUCUUCAUGAAACUGGAGUCAACAUAUAUCCGCAAGAGGAUGCAGUAUUUUCCAUAUUUGCACCUAAUCAGAAUGCAAUGAACGAAGCGAGAAAAAUGUUGAAUGAAAUUCUUCAGAAAGAUACGGAACCAAUUUUAACGUUUGGCGACAUUUAUACAGCAAAGAUAACUGAAAUUCGUGAGACUGGAGUUAUGGUUACGUUAUAUUCCAGCAUGAUGCCAACUUUUUUACCCAACUCACAGUUAGAUAACCGUAAAGUACAACAUCCCAGUGUACUUGGUUUGAACGUUGGAGACGAAAUACAAGUGAAAUAUUUCGGACGAGAUCCUGUGAGCGGACACGUUAGAUUAUCGCGAAAAGUGUUGCAGCAUCCGAUUUCUACCGUAAGAAAUUACAGCAGUACCGAAGAGACUUUGGAAACACAUAAAGGAGAAAUACGAAAAUCAAUCAGCGACAGUGACCUAUCAAGCUCAAGGAAAAUUCAAUGAAGAAAGAAGAUCUAAUUUGCGGAAGGAAUCUAAUGAAGAUAGAAAGGGGAACUGAUUGUGUAAAGGAGAUUUGUAGAAUAAAACGAUUCGUUAUUCAAUAAAAUGAAAGAAAAAUAGUCUUUUAUAUCUAAA